CUCGCCGUACCGCCGCAUGCGCAUUCCUCCACCCCGGGCGGCGGCGCAUGCGCGCUGGCGGGCGGGCGCUGAGGGGAGCUCAAGGAGAGCGGCGCCGCCAUGCCCGGCACUGUGCAGGUGCCCUCCCUGGAGGAGCUCGACGUGCAGGAGGUAACGGUCAGCUCGGCCGUGCUGAAGGCCGCGGCCCACCACUACGGCUCGCAGUGCGACCGGCCCAACAAGGAGUUCAUGCUGUGCCGCUGGGAGGAGAAGGACCCGCGGAAGUGCCUGCGGGAGGGCCGCCAGGUCAACCAGAAGAUUAAGGUGCAUUGUGCAGAGCCAUUUACUGAAUACUGGACGUGCAUUGACUAUAGCAACUUGCAGGAGCUCCGUCGAUGCCGAAAGCAGCAGGCAGUAUUUGAUAACUGUGUGCUAGAGAAGUUGGGCUGGGUGAGACCUGAUCUGGGACAGCUCUCUAAGGUCACAAAAGUGAAGACAGACCGACCUAUGCCUGAGAAUGUCUAUCAUUCUAGACCUAGGCCAGAGCCCAAUCCACCUGUUGAAGGAGAGCUGAAGCCUUCUCUGUUUGGCAGUAGGCUUUUUUUCUGGACGUGGUAACAUGGGCAGACGGUGCCAUAACUAAAAUGCAAAGAUACGUUGGUUGCAAUUGUAAACUGUCCAAUACACGUUGAGUAUAAUGUUAACUUUCAUGAUUAAAGAAAAAAAGUUACGU